CACCCCAGAGGAAAAUCGACCAGGAACGUAUCGAUCCACGGAGAGGAAAGAAAGUGUUUCUUGGUGGUUGUUAAAAAAAAAAAGAAAAAAAAAAAAAAAAGAAUUCCACUUCGAUUUGAGAACGAAUCUUCCAUUUGUUCUGGGGAACGUAGGGGAACGGAAGGAGCGUAGAUGAGUUCUGCUGUCCGCGUCCCCGGUGGAAAAGUGGGAUAUCGAGGGCCGGUUUCGAUUUUUAAAUGGAAGGCUUUCGGGGUGGAUUGAACAGUCCACGACACAAGAAGGAACCUCUACUUCUAUGCUGGCGAACUUACUUGUUUCAGGUCAUGCAAGCGAAAACGGCCCACUUUAAUACCAAAUUUAAAGUUUCUACUUUCCGUUAAAUCGACGACACUACUUACCAAAGGUACGACCUGGGGUUGUGUCGGGGUAGCUAGCAAAACGUCUGUGAACGGUGGAGAAGAGACUAGAGAGGCGGAGAGAGAGCGAGCGAAGAGAGUGGAGAGCGGAAAGUGUUGUAGAAGAAAAAGAAGAAGAGGAAGUCGAGAGAGUGUAGGCGCAGGCGCCGUAGGUGAUGUGAGGCUGGCGCCCGCCUCACGUUUGGGGUGAUGCCCUCCAGUGAGCCUCAUCCCCCCCAGUACCACCUUCAGCACCACAACAUUCCUCCCUCGCAUCUCCAGCAGCACACGUCGGCCGCGAUCGGGCAACAUCAGCUCUACCAACAGCUGGUGGCGGCCCAUCAACAGCACCAGCAACAACAGCAGCAGCAGCAGCAGAGACAGCAGCAACACGGCGGUCCCUUCCAAAAUUCCACGUACACGCAGCAAAAGCAAGAGAUGAGCCCGGAGGAGGAGGGGGGUCGAGGGGGCGGGUCCCCCCCGGCAGCAGGGGCUGCGUUACACCAGCCCCACCACCCCCGGACGGCCAGUCCACCCUCGGGCACGGAACCCUGCACCCGCGAUGCCAUACCAACGCCCACACCGAUCGCGGAUACCACAACCACCACCACCACCACCACCAUGACCAUGCAGUCGCAGGGCCAGCAACAGCAACAACAGGAGCAACAAGGACCAAGCCCUAGUCCCAGUCCAACAGGUGGCGACGUGGAAAAAUUUGACGGGAAGAUCGUGUACAAUCCGGACGGCUCGGCGUACAUCAUCGAGGGAGAGAGCGAGCUGAGCGAGGACGACUCGUUGCCAGACGGUUGCAUCGUGGACGGCCGCGGGGUCUCGGUCCCCCAUUCUCUCGUAUUUCCUCAGAUCGCGAGCGCGUAUUACGUAUCGAGAUUAUACGCGCACCAAGCGUACCAACAGCAGCAACAACAGCAGCAACAACGCUCGGCUGCGCAACAACAUAAUGCUGAUCUCCCUGUGAUGCACAGUUAUCGAGUAAUAAGUUACAGAAGCGCGGAGGGUAGCAAACAGCCGCCCCCGCCUCCAGCGGCGCCACCACCUCCCGCCGCCUCGGUACCCGUCAAACCUAUCCUCAUGUGCUUCAUAUGCAAGCUGAGCUUCGGUUACGCGAAGAGUUUCGUGGCGCACGCCCAGGGCGAACAUCAGCUCACCUUGAUGGAAGACGAGCGACAGAUACUCUCGCAUUCGACCGCGUCGGCUAUCAUACAGGCGGUGGGCAGGGGAAAGCAACCGCUGGUCAGUUUUCUGGAACCUGUGACGAGUUCCACUUGCCCGCAACCGUCGGCCGCGCAAAUGCAGAACCAGCAACAACAGCAGCGCACCGAGUCCACGGAUCACGAAACGCCGACCACGACCAGCACGCCUGCCAGCACUCCCGGAGUACCGAGCAGCCCCCAGCAGCAACAGCAGCAGCAACAACCGCAGAGGCCAUCCCCGAGCACACCCACCACUCCCACCUCACACUCGAAUCAUCCUCUCGCGUACAAUCAUCAACAACCGCAGCAACACCAGUGGACAGGCGGUCAGGUCAGCGCCGCUUCUUGGGCCAAAGCGCCAGACGCUUCCGGCAUGCAUUACACAUCACCACCGCCACCCAGUUCAUCGACCAAGGGCUCGCCGUCUUCGUACGCCGCGUUGACCCAGCAGCCACCGAAUUUCCUCACUGGCACGACUAUCGGCGUCUGCCCUGAACACAUGCAAGGAAGACCUAGUGGAGUCGAGUGCCCGAAAUGCGAAUUGAUCCUUGCCAGCAGCAGAUUAGCCGGCCCGGGUGGACCUCUGGCCGGCAUCCACAGUAGGAACUCGUGCAAAACUCUCAAAUGUCCGAAAUGCAAUUGGCAUUACAAGUAUCAAGAGACACUAGAGAUACACAUGAAGGAGAAGCAUCCCGAGAGCGAGACAUCCUGCAUCUAUUGCAUCGCCGGGCAACCUCAUCCGAGGUUAGCUCGUGGCGAGACAUACACCUGCGGAUACAAGCCCUACAGAUGCGAGGUGUGCAACUAUUCCACCACGACGAAAGGUAAUCUCAGUAUUCACAUGCAGAGCGACAAACACUUGAACAACAUGCAAGAGCUUCAGCAAGGCGGAGGUGGCGGUUCAACUGCGAGCAAUCCAUCGUCCUCGCAGGACGCGCCGAUGCCAACGAGAAGUCCCCAUCACCAGCAGAACCACAGUCCGCACAUAACCGGUCAGGCUGGGAACCAAGGGAAGCCUAAACCGACGUUUCGCUGCGACGUGUGCAACUACGAGACGAACGUCGCGCGUAACCUCAGGAUACACAUGACUAGCGAGAAGCAUACGCACAAUAUGCUGGUCCUCCAGCAGAACGUGAAGCACAUGCAGACUCUGUCCGCGCUUCAAUCCCAUCACCAGCAGGCCCAGCACCAUCAUCAACAAGCGCAACAGCAACACCAACAACAACUCGAGCAGCUGCUUCAUCUAGGCGGUUUGGACAAGCCCCAACACGCGGAGGCUGCCCUCGCGGACAUGGCUUACAAUCAAGCUUUGUUGAUCCAGAUGAUGACCGGUGGCCAGUUACCACCGCAGCUACCACCAGAGAUUAUGGGCGGCAUGGCGAGCAUGGGCGCCAUGGGCAACCUCGGUGGCGACGGUCUGUCACCCGACAGUAUGGACCCACCGCCUGAACCAGCGGACCCUGACCCCUCUCAUCUCUAUCACUGCUGCGUGUGCAACAAUUUUGCCACCGAUUCGUUGGAGGCUCUCGGCCACCAUUUGGCCGUGGACCGGACGAGGACGCGAGAGGGCGAGAUCCUCGCCCUGGUCGCUGGCCACUUCGUCUGCAAACUUUGUUCCUAUAAAACCAACCUGAAGGCGAAUUUCCAAUUGCACUGCAAGACGGACAAACACCUCCAACGUCUGCAGCACGUGAACCACGUGAAGGAGGGCGGGCUACGAAACGAGUGGAAAUUGAAGUAUUUGGCCUCGCCCACUAGCGCCGCGCAAUUACGUUGUCACGCGUGCGACUAUUACACGAACAGUGCGCACAAAUUGGCGCUGCACGCAGCCUCGCCGAGGCACGAGGCCGCGUCUCUGCUCCUUCGCCACUUGCUCGAGGCAAGCGCGAAUAUCCCAUCCCAGGCCAAGUUGUAUCAUUGCGCUUUGUGCGGGUUCAGCGCGAGGCACAGAUUGCCGUUGCUGCAGCACGUUCGUUCGCUGAGACACCUUCAGAUGGAGCAAUUGCAUCAGCUUCAUCGGCGGAGCGGUAUACAGGGGAACGAAACACCGCACACCGAUAUCGGUGACGUUUUUCAGGUUAUGAGCGACCCCGACGCCCCACCUGCGCAACAGCCGAGUCCCACCGCGCCGACCACACCGAAUGCUACCAGUGCCAACAAUGACCGACGAGAGGAAGGUAGCGACUGCGGCAGCGAGGUGAAGCAGGAGCCGGAUAACGAUCAGGAAACUGAACAAGAGCCGGAGAACGAUCACGAGGAAGUCACCUGCCCGUAUUGCACUUAUCAGCCGACGUCGCGCGAGGAAUUGAGGCAGCAUUUGCAAGUUGCUCAUGUCCAGGACGCCGAGGACAAAGCGGAGGCCGUAAAGGAGGAGCCGCCUCCGGAAUUGUUGUGCCCGCUGUGCCAGGACGGGUUCAAAGAGCGUUCCGCGCUCGAGAAGCACGUGAUGCAAAUACACUCGGUGAACGCGGACGGUUUACAACGUCUUCUGCUGCUGGUUGACCAGAGCCAUUGGCUGAACAACAAUCCGCGGAACACCUCGACGCCGGCCGUGGCAAUGCCGUCCUCACCGACCACCACCAUCAAGCAGCCGCAGGAGGAGGAUUUGAGCGAGCGCGGGGCCAACGAGGAGAUCGAGGAGAUCACGAGAUGCACCGUUUGCGGCCGUGUUUGCCGCUCGUUGGAGGAGCUGCAGCAACACCACAGGGAGAUCCAUCCUGCCACUACGCCCACGCUCGCCGUCAGCGAGAAACACGUAUACAAGUAUCGAUGCGGCCAGUGCAGCCUCGCGUUCAAGACGCUGGAGAAGUUGCAACAGCACUCGCAAUAUCACGCCAUCAGGGACGCGACCAAGUGCGCCCUCUGCGGAAGAUCGUUUCGCUCGGUGCAGGCGCUCCAAAGACACCUCGAAUCCGCCCACGCGGAUCUCCACGAGGACGAGUUGGCCCAGUACAAGCAGAGCUUGUUGCACGCCCAUCCGCUCCUCCAGGCGCUCACGGAGGAGGCGCUGCGCAGGCAGGGCAGCCUCGUCGGGGAGCAGAACGUCGAGGACGAUGCUAGCAAGGCGGAAGAGGAGGAGAGCGACGCGAGCGACUCGUCGCCAUUGCACAAGGAGCAACGCCUUCUGGAGGAUUACCUGAACAGCCAGCCGGUAGCCGAGGAUUCUUAUCACGAUCCAGGGAGAAAGUUCAAGUGUCAUCGUUGCAAAGUCGCGUUCACAAGGCAGAGUUACUUGACAGGUCACAACAAGACGUUGCUGCAUCGCAAAGGGGAGAAAAUGUCUUACCCUAUGGAGAAGUAUCUGGAUCCGAAUAGACCGUACAAGUGCGAUGUUUGCAAAGAGAGUUUCACUCAGAAGAAUAUUCUCCUCGUCCAUUACAAUAGCGUGAGCCAUCUGCACAAAUUGAAGAGGGCCAUGCAAGAGCAAGGUAACAACAACACGUUGAUCUCCGUGGUUCCACCUGCCAGUCCGACAGAAUCGCCAGAUUCUCAGCAAGAUCAGGACAAGAAACCGUACAAAUGUAACAUAUGCAAGGUAGCCUAUUCCCAAGGUAGCACUUUGGACAUUCACAUGAGGAGCGUGCUCCAUCAGACCAGGGCCAGUAAAUUACCAGAUCUCGCUGCGAGCGGCCAACUCGACCUCGCGCGUCCCCUGAUCGAACAGCCUCCACCUAGCAGCCCUAAUAGUCCACCUGUCAACACCAGCACUUCCGGGAAUAGCGGUGCAAUGCUGUCCUGUCCUCGCUGCAGCGCUCUCUUUGUGAACCAAGAGCAGCUCGCCACCCAUCAACAACUGUAUUGCAUCUUCAGUAAUCCUUUGGCGUUGUUUCAACAAUUGGCGGCUUCGCAACAGCUCGCUUCGUCCGCGCCAGCGAAAACACCGCCUCCAACCUCCACAACGCCGGGUCCUCAGCAGCACAUGCAGCAGAGUGCACAACACUCCACGCAAACCGCCCAGGACAUCCUCUCUCAGCCCCGUCACAAGACGUCACAGAUGUACAAGCAUCUUUUGGAGAGCUUUGGCUUCGAUCUGGUGAUGCAGUUCAACGAGAAUCACCAAAGGCGUCAGCGCAAGGAGGAGGAGGCGGCAGCUGCGCUUCAGGCCCAGCAGGAACAACAGAAGCAGGAGCAACAGAAACAAGCCCUCGCCGCUCAAGCUGCUCGGGAGAGAGAGGAAGAAGCCGAGGAGCACACGGAUGAUGACGUUAUACCGGAAUUGACCAGAAGCACCUGCCAACAUUGCAACAAAGAAUUCAGCAGCGUUUGGGUGCUGAAGGCACAUUGCGAGGAGGUGCACCGCGACUUGGUGCCUCGAGAAUUCUUAGAGAAAUACGCUCAACAGUUCAAGUGUGAAUACGAGAAGAAAAGCGUGGUGGUGACAGUUGCAACGUCCUCUUCCACGUCAUCUGGGCCCAGAAGUUCGACACCAGCUUCUGGCCAACCGCAAGAUCUCAGUUCGGACAAAGAGCAACGAGAGAAAGUGAAGGAGGAGAUUAUCGAGAACAAGGAUAGAAUCAGUAAAACGCCAGAAGCUACUUCCACGACACCAGCGACCACUCCAGCUCUGAGCAAUACUCCAGUGUCGAGUACUGAUUCCACCACACCCACUGUGUUGCCAACCAAUCCUCAGCAUCACAUUCAACAGCAUCAGCAGCAACAGCAGCAGCAGCAACAACAGCAGCAGCAGCAGCAUCAACAACAACAACAACAGCAGCAGCAGCAACAGCAGCAACAACACGCUCAACUGACUUUGGCACAACAAAUGACGGAAAUGCAAGCUGCUCUGAACGCUAUGGCCGCAUCUCAGCUGCAACAACAGCUUCAACAGUAUCCUGGAUUGAUGAUGGGUAUGAUGGGAUUACCGCUUGGAUUAAAUGUUCCUGCUUUGGCUGCUAUGAAUCUUCAACCCCCAUUGGUGCCAAUGAUGUUACCGCCACCACCGUACGAUGGUACAGCCACCGGAUAUCCGCCUAUUAAUGCUCAAGCUGAUCUCCUAGCCAAACAACAUCUCGCCUUGCAGCAGCAACAAGCAGCAGCCGCAAACGCGGCUGCCUCGCAGAAACGAGCGCGAACACGCAUUACCGACGAACAGCUAAAGAUAUUACGGGCGCAUUUCGACAUCAAUAAUUCCCCCGGCGAGGAGCAGAUUCUAGACAUGGCUGCCCAAAGCGGUCUACCGCCCAAAGUGAUCAAACACUGGUUCAGGAACACGUUGUUCAAAGAACGGCAGCGCAACAAGGACAGCCCUUACAACUUCAACAAUCCGCCUAGCACGACCCUGAAUCUCGAGGAAUACGAGAAAACGGGGGAGGCGAAGGUGACGCCGUUGAAUUCGAGCGUGUCCGGGAGCAGUUCCUCGGACGACAAAAGCCCAAACAAACAGGCGACCCCGCCACCCACGGCCACGUCAGUCAACACGUCCCAGCCAGCCGAUAUAAAGCAAGAAAUUCAAGAGCAGCCGCAGUGCCACGUGCAGCAACAGUCUCAGCAUCAGGAGGAGCAACAACAUCACUCGCCCGGAAGUUCGGGCGGGCAACAGUCGAGACCGCACUCACCGGCGCUGAGCAUGAGCUCGGUAUUCUCUGGCAUCCAUCACGACGUGUCGACGCACGCGCCAUCAGCCACCAGCACCCCAAGUGCCCCGAUGUUACCGCCAAAACUGGCGCCCCAAAAUUUCGCCAGUCCUAAUUCGGGGACGAGUAGCGUGGUGGCCAGUCCGAUUGCGGCGAUGGCGUUGACGCCUCAGAGAUCUCUGAGCCCUGGCCGCGGGCCGACCGAUUAUUCGUUCGGUGGAAGCGCGAACGGAAGUAAUUCGUCAGGCGGGAGUUCGGGGAAACGUGCGAAUCGGACAAGAUUCACCGAUUAUCAAAUCAAAGUGCUGCAAGAGUUCUUCGAAAACAACGCGUACCCGAAGGACGACGACCUGGAAUACUUGAGCAAACUGCUGGGAUUGAGCCCGCGCGUGAUCGUGGUUUGGUUCCAAAACGCUAGGCAGAAAGCCCGAAAGGUGUACGAGAAUCAGCCAGCCGCUGAGCCAGUGACACCGGGGGGCCGCGAGGGUGACGACGGUUCGGGCCGCUUCCAGCGGACCCCAGGCUUGAAUUACCAAUGCAAGAAGUGUUUGCUGGUGUUUCAGAGAUACUACGAGCUCAUUCGUCAUCAGAAGACGCACUGCUUCAAGGAGGAGGACGCGAAGAGGAGCGCCCAAGCGCAGGCGGCCGCGGCCCAAGUAGCCGCGGUUCUCAGUUCCGAAGACAGCAACAGCAGCUCGACCACCACCACUGCUAACGCAGUCUCCACCAAUCCUACGAGCGCGCCCGCCCUCGCGGAACAGUUGCAACAACCGUUGAACACAGCUACGCCGCCCCAUCAUCAGCAACAGGCGAUGGGACAGUCGCAUCAACAAUCGCAGCAGCAGCAACAGCAACAACAACAGCAGCAGCAGCAGCAGCAGCAACAACAACAACAACAGCAGUCGCAGACUGAGUCGAAGGAGGGUAGCUUUCAGUGCGACAAAUGCAAUCUGAUGUUCGGACGAUUCGAACUGUGGCGCGAGCAUCAGCUGGUACAUAUCAUGAACCCGUCCCUCUUCCCACCCGCUUAUCCACCGGACUCACCCUUCGGGAUCCUGCAACAGCAGGCGUUGAACGCUACCACGGGAGUGGCGACCGACGCUCCCCACCCGUUGAUAGCGAUGAUGCAGGAUAGAAAGAGGAAAUACGAGGAUUUCGACGAGGGGACAGGUGGCGAAUCGCGAUCGAAUUCCGAGCACAGCGAGCAGCCCAAAGACAAACGACUGAGAACAACCAUACUGCCCGAACAAUUGGAUUACUUGUAUCAGAAGUACCAGGUCGAGUCGAAUCCAUCGAGAAAGAUGUUGGAGACCAUAGCUCGCGAGGUCGGUUUGAAGAAGCGCGUGGUGCAAGUAUGGUUUCAAAAUACUCGCGCCCGCGAACGAAAGGGCCAGUUCCGCGCGCACAGCCAGGUGAUCAACAAGCGUUGCCCCUUCUGUCCAGCCUUGUUCAAGGUGAAAUCCGCCUUGGAGUCGCAUCUCAGCAGCAAACACGCCGACCAGGUGGCGCGUGGCGAGGUCAAUAUCGACAAUAUCCCGGACGAGGAGCUGUCGAUGGAGUCCGCUCCCUCGAACCCUAGCACGCCCAACAUGAUGCCUCCCCUCUUCCCACCGUUCAACACCGACAUGGAGGCGUCGUUGAAAAAGUACUACGAGGAGUCGAUGAAGCGAUACAUCAGCGAGUUGCAGGCCCACGCCAGCAACGGGAAACAAGAGACGGCGAAUCAUCAGGCGAGCAGCAACAGCGGCGAAUCUCCUCUGGAUCUGAGCAAACCUGUCGACCUUAGCCGCCCCAUGAAACUGAACCUCGGCGGGCUGGGCAAUCUCCUCGACGAGCAACACGGCGCUCAUUUCCGCGGCGGUAGCGAUUGCGGCCCUCUUACCGAUCUUUCCGAAAGAAGCAUCUGCGAUGACGACAGCAUGAGCGAGACUACGGAGUUCCUAGACGACGAGAGCGGACCCGCGAGCCCUGCCUCGAGCACGCAAAGCUCGAGACAGGGCCCGGCUUCCGCGGGAGCUGGAAGCACACCUGGCCCACCUGUCACCGGAGCAAGCAGUGGUACAGGCCAAUCGAGCGGCAAGAGAUAUCGAACCCAGAUGUCCGCCACCCAAGUGAAGGUGAUGAAGUCACUGUUCUCGGACUACAAGACGCCUACGAUGGCCGAAUGCGAGAUGCUGGGGCGCGAAAUCGGCCUGCCCAAGCGCGUCGUCCAGGUUUGGUUCCAGAACGCCCGCGCCAAGGAGAAGAAGGCGAGACUGGCCGCGGGUCUGCCCGCCGAGGGCUCGGCCGUCCAACCGAAUCGCGGCCCGACCGGGCCCGACGAGUGCAGGCUAUGCUCGGUCCGAUACUCGGCGAAAUCGCCGCUCCAGGAGCACGUAUUCUCGCGGCGACACAUCGAGUCGGUGCGUGUCGCCGUCGAGGAAGGUAGCCUCGUGCCGCCAACACCCGGCGCGCCGAUCGUUCCUGGCGGCAACACGAGCGCAGCGGGGAUCGGUGGCUCGCCGGUGGUCGGCAACCAGCAGCAGCAGCAGCAGCAACAGCAGCAGCAAUCGGACGAAAACAUGAUGUACGGAUCCUUGUUCCUCCAUCCAACGGCGAUGUUCCAGCCACAGCAACAGCAACACCCGGGCGCCGCAGCGGCAAGCACGGCUACCACCACGGCCGGUGAGUGUCUGGCUGACCUCUUAGACUCGUAAACGAUCGUUUUGGCUUCGCGUCUCGUUCGAAAUUCUUAACGAUCCUUUCUUUCCUUUUUAGUCGAUCGAAGAGAGAAUCGUCUUCUUUCUCUCUUCGCGUUAUUAUAAAUUUCUCUUUUUUUUUAUAUCGUGUUUUGUAUUGUCGAACGAAAUCGAACACUAAAUGAUAGUACGAGAUAGUACGAUUUGUUUUGUCAAUGCUGCCUUUUUAUUACAUUUGGGAUGGAAAUUAAUGAUUAUUAUUCGUUUUUUUGCUUUUUAUUAUUAUCGUCGCAACAACGAACCUGAAUUUCGAACCCGCGCGAGUCAUCGUCGUUUGUAUGUUGUGCACGUGUCCCUUUUUUUUUUUUUUACUCGCGUGUAUACGUAAGCAUACCGUAUAAUUUUGGCCCGUGUGAUACUCUAGGGGGCCUGUCGAUUACGAAAAAUUACGGAAGAAAUUCUUUUGAAAGAAAUCUCGAGUAAUCUUUAUAUGUAUAGUGCGAAUAUAAUAUAUCCAGAGCUAGGCAAUACUGAAAGUUCCUAUCAGAUGACUAUUCUCUAGCGUAAGGGAGAACGUGACUAAGAAAAGAAAAGAAAAAAAAAAAAAAAA